UUUAAAUGAACAUUAUUAUCAUACGUAUCAUCAUACACAAGCUGAACUUGAACAUAGUUCUGUUAGCGGUCAACAUAUUUAGGGUGCUCAACUUUUUUUCGAUUGUAAUAUGUCGAUUCCAUAUUUACCCAUAAUCCGAGUUGCCGUUUUGAGAUAGUGCCGGUUUAGUCUGACACCGACUGAGUUCAAGGAACUCUCGUACGGGCAGAGUUAAAAAAAAGAGAAUAUUUCGCGAUCAGAAACAUUUUAGAACGUGUUUCCCUCACAACCAAAGAAUAUUCAACGUAAAAUAAAGUGAAACACAUUACCAAGAUAUGUCUGAAACAACAGGAGGCAUGAUGCUGUCCUGUACCUGACUUGAUCUCUAACCAUACAAUGACUGAUCGACUUUCAACAAGUGGCCAUGACGCUACACACACAGACAUGUUGCUGCCUGUUAAUGGAGCAGAGGCAGAACACGAAGCUAGUAUGCUUCAACAAUCUCUCUCUCACCAGGCAGAGUCAGCCAUACUUCAACAGUCUCUCUCACCAGGCAGAAUCUGAAAUGCUCCAACAAUCUCUCACUCACCAGGCAGAAUCAAAUAUUCUUCAACAAUCUCUCUCUCACCCGUCAGAAUCAGAAAUGCUCCAACAAACUCUCGCUCACCAGACAGAAUCGGACAUACUUCAACAAUCUAUGUCUCACCAGGCAGAGUCAGACAUGCUUCAACAAUCUCUCUCUCACCAGACAGACUCAAACAUGCUUCAACAAUCCAUGUCUCAGCACACAGAGUCCAGCAUGCUCCAGGCAACAAUGUCUCAUGCACAGAGCUCGGAAGAAUCUCUGAUUCCAAGUGAAGAACUCCAUGGAAUGCAGCUCAUUGCUGGUGACUGCAACUCUGUGUUACAGUGUGAUUUAUCCAACUCUCAGACGUCUCUCUCUGUGGAGAGCAUGGGUCACAGUUCAACCCAGGUGAGAUACAACAGUGCCAGUUCUAAUACCAUCAGCUCACUCGCUCCGAACUCUAAUCUUCAAUGUGACUUGUCUGUGUCAUCACUGUCUGCUACUUUAAAUCCCAGCUCUAGUCAGCUGACCUGUGAUGUAAGCACUCCUCAGGUCCAAGUGUCAGCAUGUCAGAAUUCUUCAGCCCAGCCAACCUAUAUCACCACCACAGUACCCAUCAGCUCCCUUCUUCGACCUGCAUUCCCACCAACUAGUACAUAUGACAGUGUCAGUGAGUCGAGACCUGCGUUCAGCCAGCCUACGAUGUCUGCUCCUCUCCAACCCUCUCCCACUGUCAAGCCAGCCAUAUUACCUAACAACAUUCUUCAGCAGGCUAUUUCACUGAACUUCCCAGCAAACUUUGUUGCAGCUCUUGCCAGCCUGCCACUUCUACAGUCAUCAGGAUGUUCACAGGUUCCAGCCACCAACUCGGCUGCCAUUCCCUCCCAGAAUGUGGUCCCUAUAGCACCAGCACCACCUACAUCCACCAUCUUUCAAGCUAUUCCAACGAACAUCGUCAACAACCAGAACAUUCUGUCGUCCAUGAACUCAACGUCAAGUUGUGGCAAUUCUGUGGCUUUGCCUUUUUCUCCAGUUUUGCAGAGAAUACUGCCAGAUACAAACAAACGACCUGACACCGUCACAACUGCCAGCAGCAACACCCCAGGGACUGCCGUGUUGUCAGGGGCAACUGUGUAUUGUGCUGGAACCACUCAGGCUCCAAUGGACUCGGCAUUGCUACCCCACAUUAUCAACACUGUGUCAUCUACCGCAGCAGCUUCAGUGUCACUUGUACAUCCUCAUCAUGCGCUGCCAUGUCGUAUAACCAUGGUAACAAGUGUGGUGACGCCUUCAACUGGGGCUCCAUCAACUUCAUCUCAAACUAUGUUGCCUGUUGGAACACAAGGUGUUACAGUUGCACCUGAGGUAUCGGACAGCCCUUCACAGCCUACCACUGGACUGGCACUGACCAGUGACCACCAUCAGGCUGCCUCCACCUUCUCAUCUCAGUUUCCAAUGCCCGUACCAGUAAUGUCUACACAGGAGUCCACCACGCUGGCUGCCAGUGACAUGCAGUCUCUACAGACCUGCCUGUCUCACCCCUUCAUCCAGUCUCUCAGUCACCACAAUCUCGUCACUUCUCUCGGAAAUCAGAUUGUGUUCAACCCUUCCCGCUCGCAGGGAACAUCAUCACCAUCCUUCCCCCAACUUGCCCCUGUGGACUCACAUCAGAUGACCCAAGGGCACCUUCUAAGACAGUCUGGUUGUCAACUGCCAGAAACAGAUGACCAGUCAUCACUGAUAGCCAACUCUAUGUCCACUCAUGCGUCUGCUGCUACUGGAGCCUCCACCCAAGUAUCGGGGGAGAACUACCCAGUUCCACCCCCAAGCAGUCUCUCUCCCAUGAUGCACCUGUCCAAUCACUUCCAGACAUCUGGCGUGCUGUCCAACGUUGCCCUGUCUCCCUCCGACCCUGCCAGUCAGAACCUGACAACCCGUCUGUACCUUACCAGUCCCCUUACAGUGGUGCCUCUAAAUCAUGACCCCCAGGGCCGGGACAAGGGGGAGGGGCAGGAGCCAGCAGCACCAGCCUUCACCCUGGCCAACAUGUCAGUGAUAGACAUGUUGCUGAAGCAGCCAUCAGACAUACCUGACAUGGACCGAGCUGCCCUCCCUCCCAAGGAGACAACGGAACCCAAGCAAGCCCAGGACAACACACCCAAACUAUCAGGAUUGUACUGUGUGGAAUGCAACAACAGCUACAAGAACGGAUGCACCUACCACAAAAUGAACUACACCUUUGUUGCUGACCAACCAGUGCUGCCUCGCGCCAGGCUAACACUGCCAACAUGCUUGAUCCUGCAAACGUCCCAUGUGAAGAUUACCGCAGACAAUGUCAACAACCUGGGUGUUUUUGCCAAUGAGAAGAUACUUAAAAAGACAGAGUUUGGUCCACUUGUGGGGAAGAUAGUGUCUGAAGACACUUACACCUACACCAGCAGCUUUACCUGGAAGAUAUUCUACAGUGACCACCACAGCGUGGUUGACGUAAGCGAUGAAGCAGAGUGUAACUGGCUGAUGUAUGUGAAGCCGGCACCUACACUGCAGGACCAGAAUGUGGUGGUCUACCAACGGGGUGCAGAGCUGUACUUUGUAACUAACAAGGAUAUAGAGGCUGGAUCAGAGAUGCUUUUCUGGUUUGCUAAAGACUACGCAAAACUCUUAGGCCUGCCAGCCAAGCCCAGCCAACUGUGGCCCUCCAACUGCCCCUUCUGUCAUGUGUGCAGUAAAGUGUUCAGUGAUUGGAAGAGCCUAAGCAGACACAUGAAGACAGACCACCCCAACUCCAGCUCCCGCCGCUGGCCGUGUCAGAUGUGUAACAGACGCUUCACGUCCACCACCAAGCUGAAGACCCACAUGGUGGCCCUGCACAUGAGGCUCAAGCCAUUCUCCUGCUCACACUGUGGCAAGAAGUUCUCCGACCAGAGCAAUCUCCGCCAGCACCUCAACAUACAUACAGGUGAACGGAAGUUUACUUGUGACAUCUGCAGCAAGUCGUUUCGUCAGAAGGCCCAUCUUCAGUCUCACAUGAUCAUCCACACUGGUGGAGAAGGACUCCAGUGUCGAUUCUGCUCAGCAAAGAUAGCUCGCCCCUCUGACCUGAAAUCUCAUGAACUAAAGCACACCAAGGAGAAGUGCUAUCCCUGUGCUCUGUGUGUGAAGGUUUUCUACAGGCUGGCCAACUACAAGAAACACAUGCUGGUGCACAACAAGGAACGCAACUUCACGUGUGUUGAGUGCGGCAAGUCCUUCUACUCCAAGUACCACCUGACCCGUCACCUCAAGAGCUGCAAGAAUGCCAAGCUGGGGGAGACCCAAGGGCUCGGGGGAAGCGAGGAGAACCUGUUCAGUACAUUGGACAGAGACCCACAAGUGGAGAUUGACAUUGUGCGUGAUGACAAUAUCAUAAUGAAUACAACCACUGGUAUAUGUGCACGUCUCCGCAAUCAGAGGCAGGAGAGAUGACACACAGUAGCAGUGUAUUGACUUUACACACGCAUGCACACACACAUGCAUCCCUAAAUCUCUGUUCAGGAUCAGCCCGGCUGCCUCUUCCUGUCAAUCUACACUCAAAUGUGCAUGCGCACGCACGCACACACGCAGACCAUCACAUGCAUAUCUGUCAUUUAAUGCUUACAACUUUUAGGUAUCACCUUCAUUGUCAAGAAUUCAUUUGUGGGGUACUGUGUCUUCCACUUCUAACACCCAAACUAUACUAGAGCUCAUUGUAAUUGCUAACACUGGAAGAAACUGGGAAGAAUGGUAUUCAGUUGAUUGUGGGUGGGUAGCUAAUUAAAUCUGAGUCAACUGUUGUUAAACCUGAAACAAUACUCAUUGUUGGCAUCGUGUUAGUGAUGGACAUGGUUGUGUUAUUAUUAUUAUUUGUGACGACAUACAUGUAGAGUGUAACAAAUAAAUUGCUGGUAGACAUUUA